AUGAGCUUCACUAGGAGUGAAACUCGAGUCCGAGGCUCCGCCAUCUUCUGGUGCGAAAUAACCAGAGUAAACCUCAUUGAGUUUCCUGAAACGCCUUCCGGACACACGGGAGAACUGCAGUCCAUCGAAGGACGGUGUAUUGACGGUGCGGUCCAGUUGAAUAACUCAAAAGUAACGAAUCAAGCAUUCUGUUUACCCAAUGGAAAGUGGCGUUUAUACAGUGACGCACACUGUGUGUGUAAUGCUGGCUAUGAACUUCACUCAGGAGGGCAACGUUGUGAAGCUGAAUCUAUCGUUUGUGAUGUUCUAAGGCAACUGAAUGUUCUACACCAGGCCGCCUCAUUUUUUGGUCGCUACGAUAUUCGAGAUAUCGUGAUACUUGCAUAUAUUUGUAAUGUACUGAUCUGUUCACGGAGUUUGGCAAAUAGCCCGCAAACAUUUGGUGAAUACUCGAGAAUACCAUCUCACACGCUUCGUUGUGAAGUGAAGCGAAUCAUGUUAUGCUUGUUAGGGAUCGCAUCAGACAUGUACAAACAAUAUUCGUUCAACUGUCACACCCUUUCGGUGCCUAACUGCCAUGCCACCAGGAGGAAGCACGGGACUGGGAUACUGCCAGGUUGCCCAAGUCUAGACAUGGGAAGUCGUGAGGCAAAGGUUGCUGAAAACUCAUUGACGGCCCACGACCGGUUUCGCUCUUUUUGGGGCUCAUCAGUGCAGUAUCGAAGUUUGUGUAAACCUUAUGUUCCACUUGAAACCAAAUUGCACGACAUUAGUGAAUAUACACUCAUUCGCAAACUAAUUUGGUUUUUCGAGAGAUUCACCUGGAACCCAGCUGAAUCUCUCGCUUUUGAUGUUUCUAGGCAACUGAAUACUGAAGGCGGCUCCAUAUUUACGGUCCCUCUUUCUGUUGAAGGCCAGGUUUCAGGAUUGGAGGUGGAAGCUGUCCAGCUGAAUUGCUACUCAAAGUACUGUGCUCAGCGGUCCAAACGUUCUGCUUUGCUGCAUAUCGGGGAGCAAUUUUGGUCCCUGAUUAUUUCGCUGACAAGAUGUUUCCGAGGACCAGUCAAACGAAUCAAGUGGAACAAUUUGCGCACGUUUCCAGAAUUCUUUGCGUCUUUCAUUUCUGCGAACUUUCGGGUGAUUAGAAAACAGGUAUUUGGUUGUUCUGAAGACACCUCAAUCCGGGAAAACAUCCAGCAUCAUCGACUACGAUGGCUCGAUCAUGUGCUACGCAUGUCGAAACACCGUAUACCGAGACGAGUGUUGUUCUCCGUGCCUCCUUCAGGAUGGCGCAAACCGCGAGGUGGACAGUACAUGACUUGGCAGAAAGGCGUCAAAGAGAUCACGAAGAGUUUGGGUGUUGUUGGUGUUGUGCGACUUCCAGGAUGGGGUCCCCCUUGUGCACAAGGAACUUAUAAAGUCGCGAUUGGGAACUCCAACUGUCUGCUGUGUCCGAUGAAUUCAAUCUCAUCAGGACCGGGACAGGUGACCUGCGACUGUCUACCCGGUUAUUUCCGAAUGGGAAUCGGUACCUUGGAAACCGAAGCCGGCAGUUGUUACGGCCCUCCGUCUGCACCAGAGCAACUACAAACGACUAAAAUCAAUGGAACAUCGGUUACCCUUAGAUGGCAAAAGCCUCUGCAAAACGGCGGUUUAAAUGACACGUACUACAACGUCAUGUGUCAAGAAUGUGACGUCAGUUCUUUGUUGUACAAGCCUGGAAGUGGGCGCAGUCUCCGAGUUUCCGUCAACAUUAUCUUCUCCUUGAACCCAAAUUGGACUUCUUUUGAGAAAUUCACUCAUUUGCGAAUUAAUUCGGUUUUUACGAAAGACACAACUGAAUCUCUCGUUUAUGCUAUUCCACAACUGAAUAUGCUGCACACAAGCCAAUUCAUGUAUGGAAAGCAGACUGAUUUGCAGCUGAGUGUAUUUCUCAAAAAUUACGAUUAUGAUGAGGUUACUUCAGACACGUCCAAGUGUUGUUUGACGACGCAAAGAAAGAUUGUUCAAGUCUUCAUAAAGGGGACUAUUCACAAGAUUGCUGAAAACUCUUCGACAGCCCACGACUGGUUUCGCCCUUCUUGGGGCUCAGCAGAUAGGCGCAGUCCCCGAGUUUCCGUCAACCUUAUGUUCUAA